CAUUAAUUGUGUGUUUGUUUUGAUUACAUUUGCGUUCAUUUGAGUGCCAUUUGAUUGCAAUAAUAAUCCGUUUAUGAGAUAAAAGUCACCAUUUGGUCCACACAAUGGAUAAUACAAGCGAUUGGAUUGAAGCCAUUGUCUGCCAAACGAGUCCAAUGGAUGUCCACAACGUUUGCCAUCUGAUCCAAACUAACAGAUUAUCACUUGAGAAAGUGGUCAUAGAUUUGGGUCCACUUCUGACUAAUCCUGAAACCAAUGAGCGCUCAAAAGGAUUGAAUAUUUUGACACAAAUUGUCACUUCAUUGCCAAAUGACUUGUUGUCACUCAAAGAAGUACAACACUUGACGAGUUUCUAUUGCGAUCGACUUCGGGAUCAUUACUCUCUCAUCUCUAAUGUCUUUUCCGGACUCUUAGCCAUUGUUUUCCAAGAGAUUGCUGUCCAACAGUACUCGGUUUCCGACCGAUUCCUUGUCUUCCAGUUAUUGACAAAACUGUUCACAAAAUAUUGCGAAGAGUUGAAAGCAAUUGGACCGCAAUUUAUAUACGGAUUAAUCCAAUUGAUUGAAGGCGAGCGCGACCCCAGAUGUCUUCUUGUGGUCUUCAGACUCGUUAACUCUGUCGUCGAAACUUUGGAUUUAGAUCCCUAUACUGAAGAUGUCUUUGAAGUGAUUUCCUGUUAUUUUCCGGUUCUCUUUACUUCCACUCCCGACGAUGAAUACGGCAUAACUAAGGAGGACUUGUCCUACGAUUUGCACCGGUGUUUCACAGCUUCUCCUCAUUUCUCUCCAUUUAUAUUUCCAUUAGUUUUAGAGAAACUAGAGUCAGAGCUGUUGACUGCGAAAAUUGAUUCCUAUAAAGUGAUUGAAAACAUUUGUCCCAAUUAUGGAUACGAAAGAAUCAAUGAAUUUGUUGCACAGCUUUGGACAGCCAUUAGGAUCGAUGCGCUUAAGCCUAAACUAUUGGAGAUCUUUGAUGAAAACCAAGAGAAUUAUUCAACGCAUUUGACUGAAAGCCUAUCGAAAUGUAUUGAUAAACAACUGGAAGUAGAAGUGACCGAAGAAGUGGACUCAUUCUUAUUCACUGAAUGUUAUGACCGAUUGAUUCAACACUGUAUUCACGUAUCUAUUUGUACGGAUAACAAGUCGGGAACUGUUGUCAACACGAGACUAAUGGACAGCUUAUUCGGAGUUCUUGGAAGAGGAGUUUCAAAACUAAGUUAUAAAUAUAGUCAACAGUUAUUUGAAAGUUUGUCCCAAUUCUCUGUUAUGGGAGAAGUGGAUCAACUCUUACCAGUGCUUCCGCCCACUUGUUUCUGUACUUAUGAAACGGGUUUAAAGUUUUUGGAUUCGCUGAACGCCAACCAGGCUUUGAUUGUCUUCGGCUUAAUUAAUGGACUCAUUUCCAACUUGAAGUAUGAAAUCGAUGCCAACCAAUCGAUGCAAUUGUUUGAUAAACUCAUAAUAUUUGCGACAAAUGAUAAGUACAACCACAAGAAGAUAUGUUUGGUGAUUGGCGGACACCCUCUGAGAAAAGAUUUCAUUAGUUUACUCAUGAGAUUAAUAGAACACAAGAAUAAAUUAGUCCGAAAUGAAGCGACAAAAGCGUUUGCAAUCAUUCAGAGUUCGGACAAGAGUUGUCUGACUCGUGAUAAUAACGCAAAGGUUCGGCUCCUUUAUAACCAGAGCUUCUAUUUCGAGACCUUUGAUCCCCUAUUGACUGGAUAUUUGAAAUACAAGAGCGAAGAUAUGGAGAGAAAGGAGAGAUUUUUAAGCGCUUUAUUAACUCAACUCAAUUUCAUUCCAAAGGCUGUGUUUUGUAAUGAACUCAAGAGACUUUUACCGAUGCUUUUGGACGCCAUUAGUGAACACUCGACCACUUGUUCACACGAUAAUCAAAGAGCAGCCCUCGACGCCAUCCAUCAGAUAUUGGUUGAUAAAAAUGAGCGCAUUUUAGAUCCCAGUCUUAAGACGACUGUCGAGAAUUGUGUCCAUUUAUCCCUCAAUAGUCCGUAUCUGAUGGUCAGAAGCUCUGCACUGAACUGUUUGGCACAAAUCGCCAACAAUUUUGAUGAUUCCAUUCUGAAUCACUUGAGGGAUCAGGUCGUCAGGAGUUUAAGGAAAACAUUAAACGAUAAGAAACGAGUCGUACGUAAGAGUGCGGUCACAGCCCGAUGUAAAUGGAUUCUUGUGGGACAACCGGGAAAGUGA